AGAGAGCCGGUAGCCCUCAAUCCUGAAUGUGAGCUAUUGCCAAGGCUUUCUCUUAAAAAGACGUAUUAUAAAAGAUAAAAUAUUGACGCGAUUUACUUCAAUUUUAAUUGAUUCUUUAAAAAAAUUUUCUUGUAAUAUUAGUCAAUAUUAUUUUUAAAUUUUGUAUUCAUAAAUGUGAAAAUUAUCUUACGGUAAAAGUGAUUGUAUUCUUAAAAAAAAAAAAAAAAAAAAAUAGGAUCCAUUAAUAAAUUAAAGAAUUUAUAAUUUGUGGCUAAAAAGCUUCUUUUUGAUUUUUUUUCAUGAAAAAUUGUUGUGUAUUUUUUUCUUUAAUUUUUGUUGUCCAGAAAAAUAAAUUCUAGAGGUAAUUUACAUCAUGGAUUCCUUCCGGAAAACGUCAGAAUGUGAAGAAGAACUAUCAAUGAUAAAUCAAACUAGAAACGACAUUGCGGCUACGACUGUCGAUACGGCAAAUAUAGUUUCAAUGACUCCAGGACCCCAUCAACAUCCACCACCUUCACCUCUUAGUGGAUGUUAUCUUCUUGUCGUGCUUCCAGAACCACAUGCCGCCCAACAUAAACACUUUAUUCUCAAUAGACUUACCGAAGGAUUUUUGUCUUGGGAUAAAGAGAACUGCCACGUUGAUUUAGAAAAAGAAUUAGAGGCUUUAGUUACACAAUCACCUGAAGGUGAAGAAGCCAAAAAUGGUGAACGAUUAAUUCAGUAUGCGACAGAGAAUCUUGUUACAGAAAUUUUAAUUCAUCCACAAACUAAUACAUUACUUCAAUGUAUUAGAAAUCUUUUAGCAAGUUUUACAAAACACCGCCAUAUAAUUCAUGCCGGUUAUACAUUUGGCGAAAAUGGUUCCUGGAUACUGCAGGAUGGAACUUUUAGUCUUGCUGAUUUUUUGGAUGCAUUUAAUGAGCAUGAUGUACAGCGAGUACUUCGAGCUUAUGAAAAUAAUGUGACAAUAGAUAUAAACUGUGCUGGAAUCGGUGAAUGGUCAACGGAACGUUUAUCUCAAGAGCCUUGUACCAGGUUGUGUAGAAUCCGCUUAAAUCCUGAUAACAUAUUAACAACUGGAAUACCAGCAAUUGUCAACUUUAUUAACUACAUUGAACAAUAUUUGGUAGCACAAACAUUAGAUCAGUUAAUGCAACCGUCUGAUGUAGUAGGUAAUAUUCGAUUUAGUCAUCCGACUCUUUAUGUCUUCCCUGGCGGUCAAGGUGAUGCAGCUCUUUUUGGUAUAAAUGGCUUCAAUAUGUUAGUCGACGGUGGUUUUGCUAGAAAGUCAUGCUUUUGGGACUUCACUCGACAUUUGGAUCGACUAGACGCUGUUCUCUUUACAAGAUUAAAUAAUAGUAAUAUUGGUGGCAUGUCUAGCGUUCUUCGUAAAAAGAAGGAAACUCAAGUUUAUCCUCAAAUAGGACAUUUUUUUGGUAAUUUAAUAGAACGUAAGCACUCAAAUUUCCCUGACGAUAACAAAGACCGUGAUCCCCUUAUUAUCAGUCUCAUUGAUCUUGGGCAAGAAAUGGUGAAUAAUUUAAAACACAUUAAUCUACGUCCACACCUUUGCUAUAGAAAUCAAGAGCCUAUCAAUCUUUAUCAUAAAGUAGGACAUGGUACUUUGGAUAUGUAUAUUUUAAGUCCAUUAAAGGAUAGCACUGAAGUGAAAGAAUUUUUAUCUAAAUGGAAUGCUGUUGAUCAAAAGCUUUUUGCAGAUUCUCAUAAAAAAGAUUCAAAUAAUUUUACUUUCCCGAUUCAAAAUAUGGUAUCAAUAUGUGCUCUGUUAAUUUGGCAACCUGCAAACCCUGAUGACUCUAUUACAAGGAUUCUUUUUCCUGGAAGCACACCACAGCAUAAAAUUUUUGAAGGUAUUGACCGUUUGAAACAUCUUGAAUUUUUGAAGUAUCCAACGUGUUCCGCCAAAAAUUUAUCACCUGCUGUGUCAUUAGCUACAUUAAAAGAAAAAUCUACGAAACUUAAAAUUAAUCAAAUAGAUAAAGAAACAAAGCGAACAAAUGAAAUCAAAAACCCUAAACGUGAGUUGUCUGAAGUUAAAGCUUUAAAACUAGACAAUCAAGCCCAAAAAUACGAGACAAAGGCUAAGAAAACAAGUGAUUUGGAAAAUAAGAAGAUUGAUGAUACAAAAGAAUAUUCUAAAACAGUAAUUGACAUAAAGGAGUCGAAAAAAAAUGAAAAAAAUAUCAAAGACUUAAAGAAAGAUUCAAAAAAAGAUGUUAAUAAAGAAGCUGAAAUUAUUAAAACAAAUGUUGAAGAUAAAAAUACAAUGAAUAAGGAGUUGAAAGGAAAGAUUGAACGAAAAAAACAUGAUUCUAAAGAUUCCAAAGAAUCGAAAAUAACACCACAAGUAUUAAAAGCUGAAAAUAAAUCCGAUUCUACUAAUAAGAAAUUAAAAAUAUCAACUUUAAAGAAGCCAUUAAGUGGAUUAACAACUAAAUCUGAAAUUUCAAAAUCUCCAGCUCCUAAAACGUCGAACAAACUUACUACAAAGCAAGUAUUUCCUCCUGCAAAAAGUGCUAAAGAUGCUAAUAAUCGAAAAGUCUUAGAGCAGAAAAAUAUAGAAAAGAUUAGCUCGAAACAAAAAGCGUCACCAACAGUUGCUCCAGUUGAAAAGAAAUCCGUUGUUCGACGCACAAAACUUAUUGCUAGCCCAAGUAAAUCUCGAUUGUCGGGAAGCCCAGUAAAACAAUCCAAAAUUAGUUCAACGGUCUCAACUAAAUCAGAUAAAGAUGGAGUAGUAAAAAAAAUUAAAAAUGAAAAGGAAACAACUGACUCAUCAACAGUAUCAACAUCAUCAGUUGUUGAAAUCGAUCCAACGAAAUUUAUUGAUAAAUGCUUAACUGAAAAAUCUGAAGAUAUGUCACUCGACUCAAUUGAGAACAAAGUUCUUGCUGAUCUUAAAGAAGAACGUCAAGUUAUAGAAGAAAUUGAAGCAGUGCUUCAAAAAGCCGAAAGAAUAGAGAAUACUCGGGAAAAUUUAGUGAAAGAAGGGCAUGAAAAUUUGGAGAUCAAAGAAAAAAAAGAAGAUAUAACUGAAGAUGAUGUGACUGCAGAAAUAGAUGAAAUAGCCAGAAAAUCAGUUUCUAGAAAAGCCAGCCCGGAACUUACUGAAGAAGACGAAUAUUUAAUUAUUGAAAAAGAAGAAAUAUAUACUGAAGAUUCUGCUCAUAGUGGAGAAACUGAACAUAAGCACUUUUUGGAUGUUGUUCAAUCAGAAAAAAAUUUUGUACAUGAAUCACUUAUUAAAGAAGAAGAGGCUGAAAACAUAAUUUUAAAUAAAGAAAAUGACAAAGAAGAAAAAGAAGAAGAUGAUGAUGAUGAUGGUGAUGGUGAUGGUGAUGAUGAUGAUGUCGAUGUCGAUGACGAUGAUGGUGAUGAUGAUGAUGAUGUCGAUAAUCAGGACUAUGGUGAUGAUGAUGAAAAUGAACAGGAAAAAGAAGAAGAGGAUGGAGAAUGUGAAGAGAAACAUGGAGUGAAAGAAAUUGCAGAAGAUUAUGAAAGCGUAGAAAAAGAAGUUGCCGUUGAAAAAGGAAUUGUUGAAGAGCAAGAAAAAAGUGAUAUUCCUGAAAAAAAAUUGCAUGAUGAUUUUCAAGAUAGAGAAAAAGAACACCAAGAAAGCAAAAGUAUUUCUAUUUCUAAGCAUAAAGAAGAAUCAGAAGAAAAAAAUAAAGAGAUUAUCACAUCAUCUACAAAAAUGAUUCCGAAAAAAGACAGUAAAGAUGCCUUAGAUAAAAAAGACAGUGAAAACAUAACCGAAGCUAUCAGGGCAAGUCCAGAAAAAGUAGAUUCUUCUGAAAGAAAAGUAAUUAACGAUACUGAUGUCAAACAAGAAAUAGGAAAAGAUUCUCAAAUCAGAGAAAAAUUCGAAGAAUCUCAAGAAAGAGUAUCAACUAUGGAAUCUGGAGCCACAACAACAGCUCCCACCUUACCUGAGGAUGAACGAAUUUCUGUUGAAGGUGUAAAACAAGUGCCUACAGAUAUCAUUAAACAAGGAAUCGCAGAAGUAAAAAAAAUUGAAAUUCCUGCCAAAUCAAGGAUUAUUUCUUUAGCUACGAUGGAAGUUUCUGAAUUAAAGCCUGGUACUAAAGUAUUCACCUCUCAGCAAACUAUUCCAGCUCUGCCGAGAGAUAUUGUGAAGACUCCAGAUGAAGUUGCUGAUCUACCUGUGCAUGAGGAAGUAGAUCCAAAACUUUACGAAAUAGACAAUUAUGAUACCAGUAAAGAAGGAAAAGCUCAAUAUAUUAAAGAAUCUGUUAUAUCAUCGAAAGAACCGAAAAACGUUUUAGGUUUCUUUAGUAAAGUCGCAGAUAAAUUUGAAAAAGGUAUUGAUAAAUUAACUGGAAAGUCUCGAAGAGAUUCUGAAAAAGAUAUUGAUGAAAACUCGUUAUCGAAAUCAGGAUCUCCAAGAGAAAGUAAUAUAGACGAAAUUUCCGCAGGAAUGAAGAUUGAAGAACUUCAACCGAAGCAAGAUGGAAAAGAUGUUGCAGUAAAGGAAACAAUUGAGACUAGCAUAGAAAGCAAAGAAAUCCAUAAAACUGAAGGAAUCCCAUCAGAAACAGAUGAAAAAUCAGAUACCCCUGAUCAUCAACAAGCAAAUAAACUCGAUGAAAAUGUAGAAGGCGUCGAAGAUGUUGAAGCGUUAUUAGAAGAAGCAUCAAAAAAAUUCAAAACUGUAAAAGAUAGUCUGCGAGAUUCUUUAGAGUCAUUAGAGGAACAGAUAGUUCAAGAAGAAUUAAUAAAGACCGAGCUAGAAUGUGAUAGUAAUGAUGAAAUUGAAGGAAAAUUAAAUAAAGUAGUUGAAAAAUUGGAAGAAAUAAAACCGAAUGAAGAAAAUAUUACAACUGACAAAGAGGUAGAAAAAGUAAAGUUUGGAUUAUCGAAAAGUGAUUAUUUUGAAGAUAAUGAACGAAGCGAUGACAUGAGUUCUGUUAAAAACAUUAAAGAAGCAGUAAAAGAUGUUGGUGAAGUACUUGCUGGAACUGCUGGAAUAAUUAUUGAAGAUAAACCUAAAGAUGUUAUCGAAAUAGUCAAAAAAGUCGCUGAAGUACUCAAAGAAAAUGAUUUCCUUCCAGAUCAAACUUUGUCUGCAGAAAAAUUGACAGCAGAAAUAAAGAAAGAUUCAAAAACUAAAGAAUUAUGGCAAGAUCAUCAUGAUCAAACACCUGUUGCUUCAUCAUCAGUAAAAAGUAAAAACGAUGAUAAAUUAGAAGCAAAAUUAAUGUGUGCCGAUUUGUUAAGAGAUGAUAUAGCAUUGAACUUGCAAACAAACAUAAGUGCUCUUAGUGAUACUCAAGAUACGGAAUUAGAUGUUUUAAAAGUUGGAAUUGAAAGUGUAUGUAAAAAAGUGGAUGUAACGCACCAAAAAGAUGGUAAGGAAUUAGUCAGUGAUAUAGUGACGUCAGAAAUCGCAUUUGAACAUAAAAUAAUACCUACAACUGCUGAAGUUGUCUUAGUUACACCAGAUUCAUUACCAACGUCACCUCAAUUUUCUGCUAAACUUCCAGAUCAAUAUGUCGAUAAAAGUCAGAUUGAAAUGAGUUCAAUUGAAUCUUUUAUAACUGAGGACGUUAAAAAUAUUGUUAAUAAGAAAAUUGAUAUUUAUAAAAUAAUUGAAGAAUUAUUGUUAAUCCAUAAAAUAAAAAUUACUAUUCAAAUAUUAGAAUUUAUUUCCAUAGAAAAACAAAUUGUCAAACAAAAACUAAUUCAAAUCAUUAACCAAAUUGUUUCUCAGCAUAAUCUUUUACCAAGCAGUGCUAUUGAAAAUAUUACAAUUUUUGAUACCGAAAAAGAAAUAUUAAAAGACGUUAAAGAGCAAGAAGUCGAAGAUUACAUUACUGAACAAUAUCUUAAAAAUAAUAUUCCAAUUACUGUAAUGAUUUUGAAAGAAAUUUCUAUAAAACAUUCUUAUCCAAUUUACUCAGUAAUUGAAGUAAUCAAAAAUAUAAUUAUUAUUAAUAAAGUUCCACCAUCUGACAUCAUGGACAUCUCUGAACAAGUUUUAGAAGACUUAGUUCGAGAAAAUACUCAUAUUAAAGGCGUGGAAGUGGAUGAAAAGAAUCAAAUCGACGACAAAGAAAAACAUGAUAUUGAAUUUACUGAACCUACUUUGAUAACCGACGAAGUUAAAUCUCUAAUCCAGGAUCAUUUCACAAACGAAUACAUUGCAAAGAACAAAAAUAUUGACAUUAAUGCUAUCAAAAGAAUUCAUCAUCAACACCUCAUUUCCAAACGAGCCAUCAUGGAAAUUCUAGAUGAAUUAAUUAUAAGUAAAAAGUUACAAAAACAGUCAGUAGUCGAUAUUGCAGAAGUGGCGUGGAAUACCUUUGAGUCAAGCGAUGAAAUCGAAGACAUCUCAAAAAAUAUUAAAAAAGAUAAGAUGAUUACAAAAAUUGAAAGUGAUCCUUUGAUAGGCUCAUCAGAUAAAAGUAAAUAUGCUAUAUCUUUUGGAGAUCUAGACAAAUCUGAAUCCGAUGAUUUCGAGGCUGUAGAACAAGAAUAUAAACUAAAUAUUAGUAUUGAUAAGAAUAAAAUUCAACAUGACGAAAAAGAAUGUACGAAAAGCAGUAUUGAUGAUGUCAUGGAAGCAGACGAAAAAAUUAAUAUGAGUGGUCAAAAACCCGAAAACAUAACAGAUAAAAAAAGUGAUUUAACUUCAGCUACAUCAUCCAUGAUAAGUUCAGCAUAUGGUCAAAAAAUCAUGGUGGAAAGUGAAAACGAUAACGAACAGGAACUCAAAUCAUCAGCAUGUUUAGAGUCAAUAGUAAUGAGUGAUAAGAUAACUUUACCUGAUGUCGGAAAAGAUUUAAUGGAAGAUGGAAAAUCAGUUUUUCCAUUAGGUCAUACAUCCAUUGAAAAACAAGAUGAAGUACAAACUGAUAAAGGCGAAGUACAAGAUAGUCGUGACUCAGUACUUUCACUAUCUGUUAAAUCAAGUCGAAAAACUAGUUUAACAGAACCUGAAGAAAAAGAAAGAAAUGAUACUGAAUCACUCAUUACUUCAACAAAUAUUUCACCGAGACAAGCGGAAAAAUCCAUAGACCUUGAAAAAGGCCAAAUUCAACAACCUUUAUCUCCAGCACAUUCUGUAUCAAGUGAUUCAAAAGAUUUAUUGGAAGAUAUAAAAGAUGAAAGUAAAAAUUUUGCAUUGACAUCUUCUUCAACUGCUAUUUCACCAACUCAAAAAAAGAAUUUAGAAUUUAGUGAAAUCUCUGAAGUACAGAAUAUUGAGUUUCCCAUAGCUCCAAUAGUAUCAACUAUAGAUAAAAAAAUGAAUGAUCAAAUAGAUAACCAGGAAGAUGAUAAAAAACCGGAAUCAUCAGAAAUGUUUGAAUUUUCAAAAAGAUUCGAAAAAAAAGAAAAUUCAAGUCAAUCUUCAAAUGAGUUCAAAUUAUCUACGUCUUUAAUAUCAAGUGAACAACAAAGACCAAGCGAUCAAGCAGAUGAUCACGACAACAAUCUAAAAUCAGAAACUCUCUUAACAUCAAAGUCACUGAGUUCUGCAACUGAUAUGAUUGAUGAUAUUAAAGAUAAAUUAAAAGAUCCGAAAACAUCAUCAACAGAACAACUGUCAGUAGUAAUAGGAAGAAUAGAAAGCGUGGAUCAGAAUAUAGAAGAUAAAAAAAAUAUUCAUGAAACUAUAGCAACAUCACAAGAUAGUACCCUAAUUCGAAGAGAAAGUUUAACGGAUGACCAGGUUGAGAAGAAACAAUCUGAUAGAGAACUUGCACCUCCAAAAUCUUCAGUAAAUACCAAGGAAGACAUUUUGAGUGACGAAACUAAAGAUCAAACCAUAAAAGAGGAAUCAAGAAAACGUUCAAUAUCUACGUUGCUAAUCGAUAAUAUAGAUACAGUCGAUAAUGACCAAAAUGGAUUAAAGGACAAAAAUAUAUCAUCAACGUUUCAAUUUACAGAAUUGUCUGAUAAAAAAUUAAGCCUAUGUCAGCAAAUAAUAACUGAAAAAGAAGAUAUUGAAACUUCAGAACUACUACCAUCUUCAACUAUAAGUCAGGUAGGAAUCUCUUCAGAUAAAAAAGUCACAGAACAAAGCGACAACGAAUUUACGAUACCUGAAAAAGAAGAAAAGAUAAUUAACGCAGCAGAAGAUAGGAUCAAUAAAGUUGAAUUAGGAACUCUUUCAUCAUCAACGUUACCAAGUAGUAGUGUAGAUAAAGCUGAUGAUUCGCACGAUGAAUUAAAAGAUGUUAAACUACUUCCAAAAAUACAAUCUCCAAUAUUGUCGCAAGAAACUACGAGUGUAAGUAAACAUACAGAAGAUGGUAAAAAUUCUACUGAAACUGCAGUGAUAUCACCAGAUACCGUAAUUCAGACAGAGAGCUUAUCAACUAAUGAAGACGAGAAGCAACGAUCUGAUAAUGAGCUUAUAUCUCCAACAUUUUCAGUAUGUGGUGAAAAAGACAGUUCACCAGACGAUGUGGGUGCAAGUGAAACAUCCAAAAAACCUUCAUUAUCACCGUCACAACAGUCUGAUACUGAUAUAGCUGACAGUAAUAAAGAUGGGUCAAAAAUAAUAGAACCAUCCCCGGAAUCAAAAUCUACGGGUCCGUCAGAUCAGACAGUAAAAGCAAGUAUGCAUGCUGAAGAACACACAGAUGAUACUGAAAGUACAGUGUCACCGAAAGACACCACAAGUCAACACGAAACUUUGAAAGAUAUGGAAAGUCGACACAGUAUGGAGCGUCAAUCGUUAUUAUCAUUAGUAUCUGAUGAAAACGAUAGAUUAAUCAAUCAACCUGACAAAAUUGAUGACACAGAGAAAUCAAAAACGAUUUCAUUAUCUCCUUCAUCGCGGUCCCCUACAAAUAUAGCUGACAGUCAUGAAGAUAAAUCAAAAGAUGUAAAAUUAUCCCCGACAUUACCAUCCUCAGUAGUGUCAGAUGGGACAGUAAAAGCAAGUAUGGAUGCAGAAGACCACAGAGAUACCAUUGAAAGUACGGUGUCAAUACCAGAUGCUACAACUCAAGACAAAACUUCAACAGACGACAAAAAAGAGAACGAACAGUACGACGAAAGACGUUCAUCUUUAUCAACAUCAGUACCUAGUCGAAAAGGCAGCUCGACUUACCAAACGGAUGAUCUUGGGGAUAUAGAAAAAUCAGAAACGCCUUUAUUGUCUCCGUCAUCACGGUCCCAUACAAGUAUAGCUGACAGUCAUGAAGAUAAAUCGGAAGAUAUAAAACUAUCCCCGACAUUACCAUCCUCAGCAGUGUCAGAUGGGACAGUAACAGCAAGUAUGGAUGCAGAAGACCACAGAACCACCAUUGAAAGUACGGUAUCAAUACCAGAUACCACAACUCAAGACGAAACUUUAACAGACGACAAAAAAGAGAAAGAACAGAACGACGAAAGGCGUUCAUCUUUAUCAACAUCAGUACCUAGACGAAAAGGCAGCUCGACUUACCAAACGGAUGAUCUUGGGGAUAUAGAAAAAUCAGAAACGCCUUUAUUGUCUCCGUCAUCACGGUCCCAUACAAGUAUAGCUGACAGUCAUGAAGAUAAAUCAGAAGAUAUAAAAUUAUCCCCGACAUUACCAUCCUCAGCAGUGUCAGAUGGGACAGUAACAGCAAGUAUGGAUGCAGAAGACCACAAAACCACCAUUGAAAGUACGGUAUCAAUACCAGAUGCCACAACUCAAGACGAAACUUUAACAGACGACAAAAAAGAGAAAGAACAGAACGACGAAAGGCGUUCAUCUUUAUCAAUAUCAGUACCUAGACGAAAAGGCAGCUCGACUUACCAAACGGAUGAUCUUGGGGAUAUAGAAAAAUCAGAAACGCCUUUAUUGUCUCCGUCAUCCCGGUCCCAUAUGAGUAUAGCUGACAGUCAUGAAGAUAAAUCAGAAGAUAUAAAAUUAUCCCCGACAUUACCAUCUUCAGCAGUGUCAGAUGGGACAGUAAAAGCAAGUAUGGAUUCAGAAGACCUCAGAGAUACCAUUGAAAGUACGAUGUCAAUACCAGAUGCUACAACUCAAGACAAAACUUCAACAGACGACAAAAAAGAGAAAGAACAGUACGACGAAAGGCGUUCAUCUUUAUCAACAUCAGUACCUAGUCGAAAAGGCAGCUCUACUUACCAAACGGAUGAUCUUGGGGAUAUAGAAAAAUCAGAAACGCCUUUAUUGUCUUCGUCAUCACGGUCCCAUACAAGUAUAGCUGACAGUCAUGAAGAUAAAUCAGAAGAUAUAAAAUUAUCCCCGACAUUACCAUCCUCAGCAAUGUCAGAUAGGACAGUAAAAGCAAGUAUGGAUUCAGAAGACCACAGAGAUACCAUUGAAAGUACGAUGUCAAUACCAGAUGCUACAACUCAAGACAAAACUUCAACAGACGACAAAAAAGAGAAAGAACAGUACGACGAAAGGCGUUCAUCUUUAUCAACAUCAGUACCUAGUCGAAAAGGCAGCUCGACUUACCAAACGGAUGAUCUUGGGGAUAUAGAAAAAUCAGAAACGCCUUUAUUGUCUCCGUCAUCCCGGUCCCAUAUGAGUAUAGCUGACAGUCAUGAAGAUAAAUCAGAAGAUAUAAAAUUAUCCCCGACAUUACCAUCUUCAGCAGUGUCAGAUGGGACAGUAAAAGCAAGUAUGGAUUCAGAAGACCACAGAGAUACCAUUGAAAGUACGAUGUCAAUACCAGAUGCUACAACUCAAGACAAAACUUCAACAGACGACAAAAAAGAGAACGAACAGAACGACGAAAGGCGUUCAUCUUUAUCAACAUCAGUACCUAGUCGAAAAGGCAGCUUGACUUACCAAACGGAUGUUCUUGGGGACAUAGAAAAAUCAGAAACGCCUUUAUUGUCUCCGUCAUCACGGUCCCAUACAAGUAUAACUGACAGUCAUGAAGAUAAAUCAACAGAUAUAAAAUUAUCCCCAACAUUACUAUCUUCAACAGUGUCAGGUGAGACUGUAAAAGCAAGUAUGCAUACAGAAGAUCGCAAAGAUACCAUUGAAAGUACAGUGUCAAUAUCAGAUACAACAAUUCAAGACGAACCUUCGACAGACGGCAAAAAACAGAAAGAACAAAACGACGAAAGACGUUCAUCUCUUUCAACAUUAGUACCUAGUCGAAAAGGCAGCUCAAUUUACCAAACGGAUGAUUGUGGAGGUAUAGAAAAAUCAGAAAUUCCUUUAUUAUCUCCGUCCUCACGGUCCCAUACUAGUAUAACCGACAGUCAUGAAGAUGAAUCAAAUGACAUUAAAUUAUCCCCAACAUUACUAUCUUCAGUGGUGUCAGAUGAAGUUGUAACGUUAAGUAAGCGUAUAGAAGAUCAUCAAAGUGCUUCGGAAACUUUAGCGUCACUCCAAGAUCUAACAACGCAGCACGAAACACGAAAAGAUAAUACACAAGAGGCAGAACAAUUCGAUAAGAGGCGUUCAUCAUUAUCAACGUUAGUAGCUAGUCGAAAGAACAGUUUAACAGACCAAACUGACGAUCUCGGGGAAGUAGAAAAAUCAGAAACACUCCCAUCAUCUCCGUCAACACGGUAUCAUACGAGUAUAGCUGAUAGUAAUGACGAAAAAUCAAAAAGUGUUGAAUUAAUCGAGAUAUUACAAAGUACAGUACCAUCAGAUGAGAUUGUCAUGCCGAGUAAGCAUGCCGAAGAUCGCAAUGAGGCAAUUAAAAUGGUACCGGCCCAAAAUACUAUGACCCAGCACGAAACUUCAGAAAAUGAAAGAAAAGAGGGAGAACAAUACAAGGAGCGUAAAUCGUCGGAAUCUUCGAUAUCUAGUGACAAAGAAAGUCUCAUUAACCAAAUAAAAAAAAACGGUGUCAAUGACGCUGAGCCAGCGAUUCUUUCAAAAUCCAUUUUAUCAAUUUCUGAUACAGAAUCACCUGACAAAAGUAAAGAUGGACAGAAAAAUAUAAAAUUAUACUCAGCGCUAGAAUCACCGGUAGUGUCAUCUGAGAUAGAAAUCCCAAUUCAAAAAAUAGAAGAUUCAAAUGAUGAUAGCAAAACUGUAAUAGCUCAACAAGAUACUGCAUUAGUACAGAAAGAAAGUUCAUCAAUUAAUGAAGACGAAAAAGAUCAAUGCAAUAAAAGAGUUACAUCUCCAGCACUUUCAGUAUCAAGUGAAACCAAAUCUCCAAUAUUGUCGCAAGAAACUACGAGUGUAAGUAAACAUACAGAAGAUGGUAAAAAUUCUACUGAAACUGCAGUGAUAUCACCACAUACCGUAAUUCAGACAGAGAGCUUAUCAACUAAUGAAGAUGAGAAGCAACGAUCUGAUAAUGAGCUUAUAUCUCCAACAUUUUCAGUAUGUGGUGAAAAAGACAGUUCACCAGACGAUGUGGGUGCAAGUGAAACAUCCAAAAAACCUUCAUUAUCACCGUCACAACAGUCUGAUACUGAUAUAGCUGACAGUAAUAAAGAUGGGUCAAAAAUAAUAGAACCAUUCCCGGAAUCAAAAUCUACGGGUCCGUCAGAUCAGACAGUAAAAGCAAGUAUGCAUGCUGAAGAACACACAGAUGAUACUGAAAGUACAGUGUCACCGAAAGACACCACAAGUCAACACGAAACUUUGAAAGAUAUGGAAAGUCGACACAGUAUGGAGCGUCAAUCGUUAUUAUCAUUAGUAUCUGAUGAAAACGAUAGAUUAAUCAAUCAACCUGACAAAAUUGAUGACACAGAGAAAUCAAAAACGAUUUCAUUAUCUCCUUCAUCGCGGUCCCCUACAAAUAUAGCUGACAGUCAUGAAGAUAAAUCAAAAGAUGUAAAAUUAUCCCCGACAUUACCAUCCUCAGUAGUGUCAGAUGGGACAGUAAAAGCAAGUAUGGAUGCAGAAGACCACAGAGAUACCAUUGAAAGUACGGUGUCAAUACCAGAUGCUACAACUCAAGACAAAACUUCAACAGACGACAAAAAAGAGAACGAACAGUACGACGAAAGACGUUCAUCUUUAUCAACAUCAGUACCUAGUCGAAAAGGCAGCUCGACUUACCAAACGGAUGAUCUUGGGGAUAUAGAAAAGUCAGAAACUUUUUCAGUAUUGACGUUGCACUCUGGAGAGUUGUUAGAUGGGACAAAAAGCAUCGGUCAAGAUAUAGAAAGUAAAAAAGAUGCUACUGACACUGUCGAGUCUCAAAAAAGUCUUACAAUUGAAAAAAAAAGCUUAGCAGAUGAUAAAAACGAGAUUGAAAAAUACGAGACGGGACUGACAUCUCGAUUACCUAUAUUAUCCAGUGAUAAAAAAAGUUUAAUUGAUCAAAUAAAUGAUUCCGGAUCAGAAGCUCUUCUAACAUCUACGUUACUAAGUAGUAGUACUACUGAAGCUGGUGAUCAUAGUGAUGAAUCGAAAGAUGUAAAAUUAUUUUCAAGCUUAGCAUCUUCAGUAAUUCCGGAUAGAACUCAAAACUUAAGUCAGCAAAUUGAAGAUAAAAAAGAUAAUUUAACAAAUAUAUCGUCGUCACAAACUACUACUUUAACUGAAAAAGAAUUUGCAAAAAGUAAUAUAGAUACUGAGGAACAUGAUUAUAAGAAUUUGACAACUCCAACAUCUAGUAAAAAAGAUAUUUCCGACCAUAGUGAAUCUGGAAUUCCUCAAGUCGAUAUUAUGCCAAUAAAAAAGCUAAGUUUGAUUGAUGAUGAAGUAAAUAUACUGCAAAAAAAUAAGCCGUUGUCAUCUCCAAUGUCUUCGGAUUUAACUUUAGAAAAUAAAAUGAAAAAUCAAACAAGUGAUUUCGCUCAAGAUAUUCAUUUCACUUCCUUGCAUAGUGUCAAAACAGGCAUUAAAGAUGGUGCCGAUAACUUAUCAGAGCAAAAUAUGCCUAGACCCUUAGAAUUAACUCUAUCAAACAUAAAAGAUACUGUAGUUGAUCGAGCGGAUAAGAAAGACGACAUUAUAAAAUUAAGUUCUUCUUCAAUAGGGACUCCACCAAGUAUGAAAAUAGAGAUCAGUGGUAGUGAUAGUGAUAAAAUUCAUGAAACUGAAUCGUCGAUGACUCAAGAAUCUAUAAAACUUGAUAAAAAAGAAAGUUUAGUCGAUGAUUUAGAAAAUGUCCAGGACAAUGUCGAAAGUUUGACUUCAACUACACCGUCAUUAGUUCGAAAAGAAAGUUUAAUAAAUGACGGUAUAAAUAUAAUUUCAUCUUUUUCAAUAGAAGUAGAUAGUAAGAUUUCUAGUCCUCAAGAAAUCGAAACUCUUUCGAAGGUAGGUUUAUCAAAAACGACAAUUGCAGAUGAUAAUCAGUCUUCAGAACAGCAAAAAAAAAGAGAUGAAAAGUCUCUAUUAAAUCAAGAUAAACUUAGAAGUUCACAUGAUGAUGAAUAUGGAAUUACUAUGCCUAGUGAAACAAAUAAUUUGAAAGAUAUUCAUGACAAAUCGACAAGUCAAAGUCAUCAAAAUAUCGAGCUUGACAGAUCUAAUGAUGAAUCAGAGGCCAUGUUGGUAAAGAAAAAAGAUAUUGAAAAGUAUAUAAUGAAUGAGUAUGUAGAAAGACGUAAAAUAAUAGUGAGUGAGGUCCUUGAAGAAAUAAUGAAUCUUUAUGAUGUGUCAAAGGACAUUAUCAUUGAAAUAAUUGAAGCAAUUUGUUAUGAAAAAAAUAUCGACAAGAAAUCUAUUUUUGAUAAUGGUGAGAACAUAAAAUUUGACAUUAGUUAUCGAGUAACAAAGAGAGACAUCCAAUCAAGUACGUUACCUAUGGAUAAAAAAUUGGAUAUAGAAAAUUAUAUCAUAAGAGAAUAUGUUAAACCACAGAAAAAGAUAACCUUGAAAAUAAUUCAAGAAAUAUCUACAACAAAAGGAGUAUCAAAUAAUGAUAUUCUUGCAAUAGUUGAGAAUCUUAUUGCAGAACAAAAAUUAGAAAGAGAAUUUUUAAUUGAGAAUGUAGAGAAAGACGAAAGCAGUUAUGAGGAAAAACUUUCAGAGCACUUAUCUGGUAAGUCAACACCUGAAUGUAAGUCUUUUGAAUGCUUAACGUCACAAGCCUUAGUCGAUGAUGAUAAAUAUGAAAGUCAAUUCCAAAAAUCUUUUCCUCGUGACUUAACAGAAAUGCGCACAACUCAUAUAACUACUUUUAUACAUAAAUCAUCUUCUGGUCCAAGCACUCAAAUAGAUCUUCCUGAUUCUUUUUCAAGAUCACUAGUAACAGACUUGGACAUAAAAAAUACUGAAAACUGCUUUAUUAGUGGAGGUAAAAUAAUAGUAGAAACAACGACUAUCGAACAUAAAUCUGAGCCGGUAGAAAUGAUCUAUGACAAUAGUUUGAAAGAACAAAAUGUAAUAGUUAAAGAUGAAAUUUCUAUUAUUAAACCGAUACCAGAAAAUCAAACUACUAUUGAUACAACAGACGUAAAAAGUGAUUCUAUUGAACAAGAAAAAAAAGAUGGAGAAGAAAAAAAAACUUUUGAUUCCAAUAAAGAAUCUGAGUUAAAAAAAGAAGAAAUACAUGAAGUUGAUGAAAUAAAACAAAAAGAAUCCAAAGAUAUAGCGCAAAGUUAUAAGCACCAUUUAGGUAUGCUGAUAUCUGGAGAGAAAUCGGGAAGAUCAACUCCUGAAAAAAAAGAUGGACUGGAAAAUCGUUCUAGAACGUCAACACCGGAAGGUUUUCGUUCUGAGGAAGUUAUAAAAACUACUAUCACAACUACUCGGACAAUUUCUGAUGAAGGAGAAAUUAUAACAACUACCAAAGAAGUAACAGAAACAACAAAUGAACACGGUGAGGUUAUUGUUUUAGCAGAAAAAGUAGAUGUUACUGUAGCAGAUCAAGGACCGUCAGUGAAUGAAUCAGCUUCAGUUGAAUCCGCACAUUCACUAGAUCUUCAAAAAUCUAGUACUUCUUGCUCAGAUGUAACAAGUCAUGAUCAAACUGUAACUGAUAUUUCGCAUAAAACUGGAGAAAGACAACUUGACUCUGAAAAUAAAACACCUGGUUCUCCAGCGUCAAUGACGUCUCAAGUUUAUCACUUUGAAAUACAGAGUGAACCUGUUGAAUUUUCUACUGCUGACAUGAGUAGUAGUUUUUAUGGGCAUUUACCAUCCAUACCACCAUCUAGUCAAGGAGAUUCAUCGAUUAAACUGGUUAGUUCUACUGAAACAGGUGAUUUUACAUUCAAAAAACUAACUGAAUCUGACACUCAAAAUGGAAAACCGAAUUUAAAGCAAGAUACAGAUGUUGAAAAAUCUGAUGAUGAGUUCGUUAGAACAGGCGAAAUUGAUGAAGAGAAAAAGGAUCCUUUGAAGGAUUGGGGCACACCGAUGAAAUUGCCACCACCUGAAAGACCAGAUAGAUUCAAUUUCCGAAAUAGCGCACUACUACGUGCUGCUAAUAUUUCAUUGAAUUCUCCCGAGUUUGACUUAUUCCACGAUUGGGGUAAACCCAUGGAAUUACCUUCACCUGCGCCAGUUUGUAACGAAUCAUCUGAUAAAACUUUAUCAUCGACACCUAAAAAAGAUGUUAAACAGCCCAAAAAAAUAAUUUCAGAAAGCUUGAAAAAUAAAAAACGUUCAGAAAGUCCCAGUAAAAGUAACAAAAAAUCUAAAGAAGUAAAGAAUAAAAUUCAACCGGUUUAUUUAGAUUUGACUUUUGUUCCUCAUCAUGGAAAUUCUUACUACACAUCAUUGGAAUUUUUCAAACGCAUAAGGGCCAGAUACUACGUUUUCAGUGGAACGGAACCUAGCCGUGAGGUAUACGAUGCUUUGCUAAACGCUAAGAAAACUUGGGAAAACAAGGAUCUCGAAGUGACGAUAAUUCCAACUUACGACACUGAUACACUAGGAUAUUGGGUAGCUGAUAAUGAAGAAGCACUAGCAGAAAAUCAUAUUGAUCUUUCUCCAUCUGCUUCACGUUGUACAAUAAAUCUUCAGGAUCACGAAACGAGCUGUAGCGCUUAUCGGCUUGAAUUUUAGAAUUCGACAAUAUAAAAGGUCAUACUAGUCAAGAGUUAAGUUAUCAUAACUGAUAUUUUAUAAAUUUAUUCGAUAUUUUCUAUCAUAAUCGUCAUUUAUAAUUAUUUAAAGAUUCUUAAAUAACUUUUUUUAAUAAAAAUUAUUUUAGCCACUUAAAUAACUAUUCAACAUUAUGUUAGGUUUAUGUAAUGUAAAUAUCAAUAUAUGUUGUAAUAGCAUUGAGUGCAUAGAUCUGUGAUCUAGAUUUGUGAUAAAUUCCGAGCAAAAUGAAAAAGAUGAAAUUUAAGAAAAAUUAUAUGAAUCGGCAUUUAUAAUCGCAGCUUUACGUGUUAUCCAAUUUCAAUAACAAUUAUUAACUUAUUUAUGACUUACCGAAAUAUUUUGAUUUUUAAAAAAUUAUUCGCUUCUUUUAAGAAUAAAAAUUAUAUUAGAUUUUCAAAUAAAAAUCGAGCUUUAAUUAUUUUACAAUAUUCACAACUACUCUUAUGAUAAUAAGGUAACCAAAAGAAAUAAGACCGACAAGAGAAAGCGAUGAGACAAAGCUAAAUUUUAUAAUUUACAGUGUUAGUAUUCAAGUAUAUGGAGCAUUCCAUACUUAAUAAACCAAUGUUUUUAAUUUAUCAUUUUGGAAUUACACUCAGUUUUUUGUCAUAUUUUUGUAUGUGAUGAAAAUAGCUUUUAAGUAUUUUAUUAGAAUUUUAUUUUCAGUUGUACGUAAAUCAUAAAUUUGAAAAUGAAUUUUUCAAUGCCUAAAAAUAAAAAUGUGUUACUGGAGAA